AGGCAGCCACUCUACUCCCACUCUGUAACCAAAGAUGGCCGAUUCCUUCGUCUCCGGGCUGGUCGGUACGUUGAAGGACAUGGCUAAAGAGAAGGUGGACUUGUUGUUGGGAGUCCCCGGGGAGAUCCAAAACCUCCAAAGCACUCUCCGCAACAUCCACUCUGUCCUUCUUGACGCCGAGAAGCGGCGGAUCGAGGACAAGGCCGUCAACGACUGGCUGAUGGAGCCGAAGGAUGUCAUGUACGACGCCGACGACGUCCUCGACGAGUGGCGGACCGCGGCCGAGAAGUGCGCCCCGGGAGAGUCCCCUUCGAAGCGGUUCAAAGGAAACAUAUUUUCCAUCUUUGCUGGCUUAAGCGACGAGGUCAAGUUCAGACAUGAGGUGGGCAUCAAAAUCAAGGAUCUCAACGAUCGGCUGGAAGAGAUCUCGGCCCGAAGGUCCAAACUGCAACUCCAUGUGUCUGCGGCGGAACCAAGGGUGGUUCCUCGAGUUAGUCGCAUAACUUCCCCCGUGAUGGAGUCUGACAUGGUUGGCGAGCAACUGGAGGAGGACGCCAAGGCACUGGUGGACCAGCUGACAAACCAAGAUCCGAGUAAGAACGUUGUGGUGCUGGCAAUUGUGGGGAUCGGCGGCAUCGGAAAGACCACCCUCGCUCAGAAGGUGUUCAAUGAUGGUAAAAUCAAAGCCAGCUUCCGCACCACCAUCUGGGUGUGCGUGUCCCAAGACUUCAGCGAGACGGAUCUUCUCAGAAAUAUCGUUAAAGGUGCUGGUGGAAGCCAUGGUGGAGAACAGAGCAGGAGUCUGCUGGAGCCCCUGGUGGAGGGUCUCCUUAGAGGGAACAAGUUCUUGCUGGUGUUGGAUGAUGUUUGGGAUGCUCAGAUCUGGGACGACUUGCUCCGCAAUCCUUUGCAGGGAGGCGCAGCAGGGAGCAGAGUGCUGGUGACUACCAGAAACGCAGCGAUCGCGAGGCAAAUGAAGGCGGCCCACGUCCACGAGAUGAAGCUGCUGCCUCCGGAGGAUGGCUGGUCGCUCCUGUGCAAGAAGGCGACGAUGAAUGCAGAGGAGGAAAGGGAUGCCCAAGAUCUCAAGGACACAGGCUUGAAGAUUGUUGAGAAAUGCGGAGGGCUUCCCCUGGCCAUCAAGACCAUCGGAGGGGUCCUCCGCGACAGAGGACUCAACAGAAGUGCGUGGGAGGACGUUCUCCGCAGCGCCGCAUGGUCACGGACCGGGCUUCCCGAAGGUAUGCACGGAGCACUGUAUCUGAGCUACCAAGACCUGCCGUCCCAUCUCAAGCAAUGCUUUCUCUACUGCGCCUUGUUCCGAGAAGAUUUUGAUUUUGAGAGGCCUGAAAUCGUCAUAUUAUGGAUAGCCGAGGGGUUUGUCGAAGCACGAGGAGAUGUCAGCUUGGAGGAAACAGGGGAGCAAUAUUACAUAGAGCUGCAUCAUAGGUGCCUUCUACAAUCGCUGCAACCUUUCAGUCUGGACUACCAUAAUUAUUCCAAGAUGCAUGACUUGCUGCGAUCGCUCAGCCAUUUCCUAUCGAGAGAUGAUAGCUUGUGCAUUAGUGACGUGCAAAACGAGUGGAGAAGUGGUGCCGCCUCGAUGAAGCUGCGUCGGUUGUCGAUUGUGGCCACUGAAACCACGGACAUCCAGCAUAUCGUCAGUUUGAUCAAGCAACAUGAGUCGGUGAGGACAUUGUUGGUGGAGGGAACACGUAGCAAUGUGGAUGAUAUAGAUGAUUGCUUGAAGAACCUCGUGCGACUUAGAGUCCUCCAUCUUACGAGCAAUCUUAUGCACACAAAAAUUGAUAUUCUACCGCACUAUAUCGGAAAUUUGAUACACUUGAGAUACUUGAAUGUGUCUUGGACCGGUAUAACGGAGCUUCCAGAGAGCAUAUGCAAUCUGACGAAUUUACAGUUUUUGAUCCUCACAGGAUGUAGACAGUUGACACAGAUCCCCCGGGGCAUAGAUGGGCUGGUCAAUCUAAGGACACUCGAUUGUCAAAGUACACGAUUGGAGAGCUUACCAUAUGGAAUAGGAAGGUUGAAGUACCUCAAUGAACUCCGAGGAUUCGUCGUGAACACGGCUACUGGUACAUGCCCAUUGGAAGCGUUAGGCGGCCUCCGGGAGCUCAGAUACCUCUCCAUUUCGUUGGAGAGGACGUGGCUGGAAGCUCAAUCCGGAAGGGAUACGAGCGGAUUAAAAGGUAACAAAAAACUGAAGCAUCUAUAUUUUCGUUGCUCGUCCACACCGACAUCCGAUGGUCACACGAAGAAACAGAUUGAAAGAAUCGAGAAGGUGUUGGAUGUGGCACUUCAUCCACCGUCAUUUGUUGUUUCGCUCACGUUAGACAAUUUCUUCGGCCUCCGGUACCCCAGCUGGAUGGCGUCUGCAAGCAUCAGUUCGCUUCUUCCAAACAUAAGACGCUUGAAACUAAUUGACUGCAAUCAUUGGCCACUGCUUCCACCGCUAGGGAAGCUCCCUAGCUUGGAGUUUCUUGAAAUCGUCGGUGCAGAUGCAGUGACCACCAUCGGACCGGAAUUUUUUGGGUGUGAAGUUGCUGCUACUGGUCAUGAUCGUGAACGGAAUUCAAAGCUCCCUUCUUCUUCUUCUUCUUCUUCACCUUCUCCUCCGUUGUUUCCGAGUCUAAGGCAGCUGCAACUCUGGAAUAUGACUAACUUGGAAGUGUGGGAUUGGGUAGCGGAAGGUUUUGCUAUGCGUCGCCUAGACAAAUUUGUCCUCCAUAAUUGCCCCAAGUUGAAGUCUCUACCGGAAGGCCUGAUCCGACAGGCAACCUGCUUAACCACAUUGUAUCUGACCGAUGUGUGUGCUCUCAAGUCCAUCAGAGGUUUCCCUUCUCUAAAAGAACUGAGUAUAAUUGGUAAAUCAGAUCUGGAGAUUGUUACUGAUCUCCCUGCACUGGAGCUCUUGAAGUUGGUCACGUUUGGGUCUUGUUUACCAAGGUGGUUGGCGGCUGGCCCUGCAUGCUUCACUUCGCUCCAGAAACUGGACGUACGGGGAACCACCCAACUACUCCGCAGAUGCCUCCAAAAUGGCGCAGACUGGCCCAUGAUCAAACACUUUCCAAUUUUUUCCAUCGAUGAUCAACAAGGCAAUUAUAUAAACUACAUCAAGCAUUCCUACACCAUCGAGACAAACCUAGUCGAAGAUGCUGCUGCUGCUGAAGAAGAAGAAGACAUCAUCAAUGAGCUUUGAGGUAACUUACCUUUCAUGCUCAUGUCUCGACCAUCUAACGUCUUCUGGUUUUGGAGUGGCAACUCACAAUCAUCUUUUGCUGCUUAUGGCAGGGAGAUCGACAUCAUUCACGAUGUAAUUGGCAGUCAUGUCUAAUAUGAUCAUUGCAAAUGGAGCUGACCAUGGAAAGUCCGAGACUUUUGAGCGGAAAUGCAGAUCGAGAUGAGAGGUUGGCUGCGACUCAUACUACAUUCCUAUGAUAUGGUGAUGAAACUAUUUUGGCUUUCUUUCUGUCUCUGUUGGAUAUACUUCCUGCAAUGUGCAUACUACUACUGCAUCUUUAGUGCCCGCUUCCCUCCGAUCUGUAUACUACUGCUGCAAUGUACAUGUUAGAAAUGGUAUCGCCACACAUCGCAAAAGCAGGGUGAUGUUGCCUGUUCCUCAAUCGACAUUAUGUCGGUCGUCUUUGAUGUAAACAAUCGGAAGGUGUUCGAUCUUGGACCAGUCCUUGGCGUCCUUUUGGAGGAACCUGCGGAGCAGUUGAUUGCUGCAUUCUAUGUCCAGUCUCUGGAGCGCAGUCAAGCAUGGGAGACCUCCCCGUAGCCACUCGGGUAAAGAUGGAACAUGCCGCCACCUCUCCAACUGCAACACCUCCAGUUCAGGGAGAUCGGUGACGAUCUCCAAACCUGAUUCACCACAUACCCUCAAGUUCCUGACCGAUGGGAAACCCCUGAUGCACUUGAGAGCGCCGACGUUCUCUAAGUGCAAAGUGGUCAGGCAGGUGGCAUGACGACUCAGGCCUUCCGGUAGAGACUCCAACUUGGGGCAAUCGGCGAGGAACAUACAGAUCAUGUGUUGUGGAAUUACUGUAGAACUAAGAUGCAGACCUGUGAGUCAGUCAAAUAUCUGAUGUAGCUGUACCAGACGAAGUAGUAGUUUUCUGAUUUGUUCUUCUGAAUA